AUCUGAAGGCAGUCCUGUAUUGGAAAGGUUUUAAUGUUUGAUGUUUUAUGGUGUUUUUAUAUGUGCUGGAAGCUGUCAAGAUGGCUGGGGUAUUAUUAUUGUUGUUAUUAUUAAGAAAUUCAUUCAGAACAAUUUAUGGCUGUGUGUCUCUAUGCACUUAAUGAUUGUGGGCACCUUGUGUUUUCAUAUUAUGAGCCUGAUUUUUAACUACUACAUAAUUUUUCUCAAACUGACCUCCAUUUUUUUAUGCUGCAGUUUUACAUGCUGAAGUGACCAUCUGCAUACUUUAGCCCCAGGUAAAUGACAAAGCCCCAGGGUCUUUGUCUAGUCACAGAUUGGCGAUCACCAGUAUUAAUAGAUAGGAUUAGCAAAUGCAAGCAGGCCAGCAGGCUGCAAAGCUGCUACUUGUCUCCUUAGAUUCCCCUCUGCCUUAUCAGUCUCGGGGCUCCAUCGAAAGAGAGCGUUCAGAGGUUUCAGGACGGCAGAGUUCGGUUUCUUUCUCUUUGCACCAGGACUUGGGGAAAGGGCAAGUUCUGGGUAAGAAACUACAGAAAAUGUCUUUCCAGAGUUCCCCUCAGGCACCAUGGAGAAACAACAAUAUCACUUUUUUGAACAAAGACGUUCCUGUCUCAGAACAAGGAGAGACGAUCAUUGGCUUCUAUCUACUGGCUCUGGGUUGGAUGUCUUGGUUUGGGAACAGCAUUGUAAUUUUUGUACUCUAUAGACAGCGGGCUACCCUUCAGCCCACGGACUACUUGACAUUUAACCUAGCUGUAUCUGAUGCCAGUGUGUCUGUCUUUGGUUAUUCCCGCGGGAUCAUUGAAAUCUUCAACGUAUUCAGAGAUGAUGGAUUUCUGAUCACAUCCAUAUGGACUUGCCAGGUUGAUGGAUUUCUGACGCUGCUGUUUGGUCUUGCUAGCAUUAACACACUCACGGUGAUUAGCAUUACUCGCUAUAUAAAAGGAUGCCAUCCAGACAGAGGGCAUUGUAUCAACAAUAGCAACAUCAAUGUGGCCCUUUUUCUUAUAUGGAUAGCAGCUUUCUUCUGGUCAGUAGCUCCAGUCCUGGGAUGGGGCAGUUACACAGAUCGCAUGUAUGGAACAUGUGAAAUAGACUGGGCAAAAGCUAACUUCUCAACCAUCUACAAGUCUUAUAUAGUGUCCAUUUUCAUCUGCUGUUUCUUCCUGCCUGUGUCUGUCAUGGUUUUUGCUUACGUGUCCAUCAUCAAUACUGUCAAGUCGAGCCAUGCAUUAGGCGGAGCAGGUGACCCAACUGAUAGGCAGAGGCGAAUGGAACGAAGCGUCACAAGGGUCUCCAUAGUCAUUUGCACAGCCUUUAUCACAGCCUGGUCCCCAUACGCGGUCAUCUCCAUGUGGUCCGCCUAUGGUUACUCUGUGCCCAAUUUAACCAGCAUCCUUGCCAGCCUUUUUGCGAAAUCUGCCAGCUUCUACAACCCCAUCAUCUACUUUGGAAUGAGCUCCAAAUUCCGGAAGGACAUCCUCAUCUUGCUGCACUGUGCCAAAGAGAUCAAGGACCCUGUGAAGCUCAAGCGGUUCAAGAACCUCAAGCAGAAACAGGAGAAUUCGCCUUCUCAGAGAGAGGAGAAAUACGCGCCAGAAGUUCAGCCUGCACUGAGUCCUGAUUCUGGUGUGGGGAGUCGUUCUAACACCCCGCCCCCCGUCAACAGGGAGGUGUAUUUGGGUGCUUUUGAUACCCCAUCCAACAACCCUGAUAUCGAAUGCGACAGGCUGUGACCCGGCUGUUCAAAACGUGCAGCCGGUGAACACAACCCAUAGGAUACUGCUGCCCCAAUUCCUUUCACCCCUGCCCUUUCCUCUAGCACUUAACAUGACAUACCAGCUCGACUUCCAAUGAAGCAGGACACAUAAAACCAGCACUAAAAGCAUGUGCGGUACAUACGGGAGACUCAUAAAAAUUGCUGCGUGGCCAAUUAAAUAUAAAGGUGGGCAGCACACCUAGCCUGAGCAGGGAUUCAUUUCCCCCUCUGCAGCUGCAAGUGAAAGAUGUUUUUGUGGAAAAUCCAUUCACUGGCAUGUUAAAAAAAACAGAAACAAAAUCACCAAUAUUUUCUCCACCUAAAUAAUAUAAUUCAGAAGUUACAUAUCUUUUUGGCUGGUUUUAUUUCUUGCUUAAAAUCCUGGCUUUAUUCACUUUGCCCCCAGUCCUCACAACGGUGCAUUUACUCAGGGGCCGGUCAGGAAAUAGCACUGCAAUGCUGCUCCACAGUCAGCCACCAGAGGGUGGAUAAUCUUUUAACAUACUCCCUGUGGGAGACUAAACAUUUCAGGUCCCAGGUGCUGCCUACUGGAGAGCAACCAACACCCUUGUUCUUAAAUCUGAAGGCUGCCGCUGAGCCCCUAGAGCCGAAGUCCUGAGUCUUUAAUCGCAGGUGCAGUUAGUUCAUUUUAGACGCCGAACUUAAUGGUCUUAUGGGGGAAAGCCCUCUUUAGAUGGUAACAUGUAUCAAUUCACUUACUUCCGAACGCUGCCUGCCAGCGGGGAGGAAGGGCCUCCCUGUUCCUCUUCUGAAUGGGACCCUUGGACUUCUUUCCCUAAAGCCCCACUUUGACAGAACCUCAGGCCACAGGUGAGGUGUAAUAAACCGCCCUCCACGCCAUAUUGACGACCCGGUGCUUUUCAUGCCUUGUUGCUAUUGCUACCGUGUUUUCCCGCCUGAAUUAAGAAGUACAAAGGACACCUUUGCCCUGCUAAUUGUGGGUAAUAUGUAGAGGAGGCAGAUCGAAGCGAGGAAAUGGCGUCCCUCUUUGUCCUCACCUAGCUUUACUGUUUUAUAAUUAUAUCUAUAUACUGCCACUUCUAAAAAAAAAAACCAUCACAGCAGUUUACAACCAUUGCACAUACAACCAUAUAAUACAAACCAUUUUUUCUAUUAAAAGAAAAAGAAAAAUCAGAAAUCAACUAACUACCACAGGAUGAUUUUUUCUUAAUUGCCAACACAAGCUUCAUGGCAAAACCAGAACAGAUCAAACCAAACCAAGAAAUGAGUUUAAUAUGUAGCAGGCAGGUAUGUACCUUGUUUUGUCUUAAAUAAUUGCAGGUGCAGAAGAACCUAAUUCUUACUGGGAAGACACGCUUCUAUUUUUAAACAAGGCUCCAAAAAUACAUGGGAGUGGGGGAGACUCUUCUGAUAAUUGGUGGGGGGCAGGUGACACCCAUGGUUUGCCAUCCCAGUAAGAAUGAGGCUCCUUUAUAAUCAUUUGAGGAAUAGCAAGUUAUGCAGCUGCAUGCUGUGUCCCUAUUUUGGCCCCCAUAGAAUUAUCUCUAAACCUCCUGCCA